GGUCACUCGCGCGCCUCAUCUCGCCCAGGCUUCGAGCGAGCUCAGCUAGGUGCAGAGGGAUCCUAGGAGCCAAGCGUCCCCGGCAGGUUCCGGGCUAAGGGAACGAGUGAGCGGAGGGGUCCAGCGGUGGGUCCACAGACCGCGCCCGCCCAAGCAGGAUCUCCGCGCUGAGCUCGGUGGAACUUAAAGCAGCGGUGGCGCCCGGCGCGCCAUGGCACACCGAGCGGCUCGCUCUUCUGCUCCACAGAGAGCCCGACUGGCGGCCUGGGAUGACAAGAUGUCUGGACUGCAAGCUUGCACAGUUUUGAGAGGGAGAUGACUUGAGCGGUUGGCUUUUAUCUCCACAACAAUGUCUAUGAACAAUUCCAAACAGCCAGUGUCUCCUGCAGCUGGGCUUCUUUCAAACACAACCUGCCAGACAGAAAACCGGCUUUCAGUAUUUUUUUCAGUAAUCUUCAUGACAGUGGGAAUCUUGUCAAACAGCCUUGCCAUUGCCAUUCUUGUGAAGGCAUAUCGGAGAUUUAGACAGAAGUCCAAGGCAUCGUUUCUACUUUUGGCUAGUGGCCUGGUAAUUACGGAUUUCUUUGGCCAUCUCAUCAAUGGGACCAUAGCAGUAUUUGUGUAUGUUUCUGAUAAAGACUGGAUCCGCUUUGACCAAUCAAAUGUCCUUUGCAGUAUUUUUGGUAUCUGCAUGGUGUUCUCUGGUCUGUGCCCACUUCUUCUAGGCAGUGUGAUGGCCAUUGAGCGGUGUAUUGGAGUCACGAACCCAAUAUUUCAUUCUACGAAAAUUACUUCCAAACAUGUGAAAAUGAUGUUAAGUGGUGUGUGCUUGUUUGCUGUUUUUAUAGCUUUGCUGCCCAUCCUUGGACAUCGAGACUAUAAAAUUCAGGCAUCGAGGACCUGGUGUUUCUACAACACAGAAGAUAUUAAAGACUGGGAAGACAGAUUUUAUCUUCUACUUUUUUCUUUUCUGGGGCUCUUAGCCCUUGGUGUUUCAUUGUUGUGCAAUGCUAUCACAGGAAUUACACUUUUAAGAGUUAAAUUUAAAAGUCAGCAGCACAGACAAGGCAGAUCUCAUCAUUUGGAAAUGGUCAUCCAGCUCCUGGCGAUAAUGUGUGUCUCCUGUAUUUGUUGGAGUCCAUUUCUGGUGACAAUGGCCAAUAUCGGAAUAAAUGGAAAUCAUUCUCUGGAAACCUGUGAAACGACGCUUUUUGCUCUCCGGAUGGCAACAUGGAAUCAAAUCUUAGAUCCCUGGGUAUACAUUCUUCUACGGAAGGCUGUCCUUAAGAAUCUCUACAAGCUUGCCAGUCGAUGUUGUGGUGUGCAUGUCAUCAGCUUACAUAUUUGGGAGCUUAGCUCCAUUAAAAAUUCCUUAAAGGUCGCUGCUAUUUCUGAGUCACCAAUUACAGAGAAAUCAGUAAGCAUCUAGUUUAAUAGGACGGUAAGUCAGUGUACGCUAGAACAAAAUUAAGAAAUGUUUGGCAAUAUUUCAGUUAGUUAAGUACCCGCAGCCUAACUGGAAAAUUCAGAACUCAUCAUAUAGUUUGAAGAUACUUUUGUCAGAUUCAGGUUUUGAAAUUUGUCAGAUAAACAGCACGGUCGUACAUUUUUCACUUGUUUUUGCCAAUGGGAGGUAGACACAAUGAAAUGCUGCCAUAGGAGUCACACUGAAAGCAAUUUGAGCUUAUCUGUCUAAUUGAUGCUUUGAGCGAAUCAUCUGCUGAGGCCUAAUGCCUUUACUUGGCCUGUUUGCCAGAGAACGUCUUCAUGCAGCCUGCACAGUGAAAUGGUUAUUUUGAGAUUACCACUCCGUAGCGAUUCCUUAUAAACUAGGCCUCAUUUUUUGAUCUGGCCUCUUUUGCCUCGCAUUAUGUAGCCUCAGUUAAUACAUGCAUAGAUACCUGGAAUUCAUGACGGUUUAUUAUAACAACCUCUGUAUAUUCCAGGCCUGGCUGACAGGUUGUCGGACCCUGCAAUCCUGUCUAGCAUGGGCGCAUUCUUGUCAUAUUUGCCAAAUACGACUGCUUAUAUUUAUUACUAUGAAGGUAGAUUGUUGGAAGUGUUUUUCUUGACGUCAUAGAUAGCGAUUUUCAAAUAAUUAUUUUUUCCUCUAAAAAUUUUAGUGCAUGGUUGCACAAUAAAUAAUUUUUAGAGAAACAAAGGCUCUAUCUCAGCACAUAGAUGGGUAACUUGCAUAACAGCAGUUUCAAAAGUCUAUCAUGUAUAAUAUAAACAGAAGCUACGUGCCAGUGAUAGGUGCAAAGAACAUUGGCAAAAGGUGCUUUACCUUGAGCCAUUAUUUGUGUCAGAGAACAAAAGAAACAUAAUCAAUAUAUAAUAUUUAAAGACUAUCUGCAGCUAGUGUGUUUCUUCUUUACACAUGUAUAUACACAGAGGCUGAGGCAGAGAAUUGCU